AUGUGCAACAAUCUCCACACUCGGACUCCCCAAAGUGCCCAUUGUGGCGAGGAGGCUGAGUGUGGACAGCCGCCUCCCCUAGGCCCACUUCCGUCGAGCCCGGAAUGUCACUGGACGUCUUCAUUACCCUACGAAGAAGCUGGCCUCGAAGUGGUACGUUGGACGUGCACAUCACACAAUGAAGGGAUUGACAUCUGCCAGGUUUUCUGCAAUAUGAGAAAAGACCACCGGAGGUCAACUCAACAGAGCAUCGGAUCUAGAUCAUCUUUGUCGGUUCAAGUCUGGGCCAAAUCGGAAAGGAUGCACCCGGAUCUUCGGCUUAGCCGGUGUCCACGCCUACCGGCCUUGUGUGCGCAUGCCUACAUGCUGGUGAGUUUGGUCGGCUGCAAGGACUUCACGGCAAACCCCACGUUUCGCAGUCUCCUCUCCAUUGCGAGGCAGCGUCAAGCCUCCCUCGACCGGGGAGAUGGCCAACAGGUUGCCACAUCUAAGUGCAACAUUGUAGUGGUGACCUUGAUCCGACGUGAGAAUGGCCGACGAAGAAAAACUGAUGAGCCGAUUUCACCUGAAAAAGGCGGCGAAUCCCAAAUGCUCCGCACGAGUAUGAGACCGCAACGAUGCCCAGGUUGGCAAGGUCCACUAGACAUCCCUGUUUUCCUCCUAAACCACUAG